AUGGCUGAAGUAAACCCGCCAGCGGAUGUUCCGGCUGCAAUUGUUCCAGCUGCCGUGCCAACUUCAUUUACAAUCGAUCCAUUCGACCGACACAAAAUGAAGUGGUCGAGAUGGGUAGAGCGGCUGGAAGGUGCAUUUGUUUUGUUUGGUGUACAGAAUGAGGUUAGGUUAUACAUGUUGCUUCACUACAUGGGAGGAGAAACAUACGAUAUUAUUAGCGACAAACUUGCACCGGAGAGACCUCAACAACAGACGUAUGACGCAAUUGUGCGUUUGUUGGAAGCUCAUUUCAACCCAGAGCCGUUGGAAAUUUUAGAGAAUUUCCGCUUCAAGUGCCGCAAGCAAGCAGAUGAUCGUCCGGAGGAAACGAUUGACGAGUAUUUGAUAGCAUUGCGGAAACUUGCUAUCACCUGUAAUUUUGGAGAUUAUCUCAGAACAGCUCUGCGGAAUCAAUUCGUGUUUGGGUUGAAGGACCGCGCAAUACAAUCCCGGUUGUUGGAGGUACGGAACCUGACGCUGGAGCGGGCUUGCAACCUGACGCUGGAGAUUGCAGUUUCGAUGGAGCUCUCGAACAAAGGUGGAAGAGAAAUCCAGUCCAAACAAGGAAGAUCGGAAGUGAAUCUAGUUCAACACUCUCGAGUGAAUAACGCGAAUGCCCAGGUCCAGGGGCCACGUACGAUUGCUAAUAAAAAGAAACGCGAGAAACCUGAUUCGGAAAACAAAGGGGAAUGUUUUCGGUGUGGUAGUUCCGGGCACUACGCCAACAAGUGCUAUCAUGUUCGCACGGUGUGCAAUUUUUGUAAACUUGCUGGUCAUCUGGAAAAGGUGUGCAUUAAGAAAAAGAAGAAUGCCAAGCAAGAUAAACAGAAGGCAAAAUCUGAGGCAAAUUUGUUGGAAGAGUCCGAAGCCGACCAACGUGAAGUUAUUUCAUUGGAUGAAGUGUGUAAAUUGGAGAUUGCGGCCAAACCGUCAUCGAAGUUCUGGCUGGAUCUUCAAGUGAACGGUACUAAAAUCCGAUUUGAAGUGGAUACUGGUGCUCCUGUUGCAAUAAUAAGCACAUACGAUAAGAAGAUGCACUUUGCUGCGGAUACUCUGCUGCCGUCGGAUAUGCAAUUAGUAAGUUUCUGCGAUACGAGGAUCCAAAUUGAAGGAAUGCUGGAAGUGAAAGUUGUUCACGAUGGAAAAUCUUUGUUACUUCCCCUGUACGUAUCAAACGUGAAGAAGCACCCGUUGCUGGGCCGUCAGUGGAUGAAGGCGAUGCGAGUUGACCUGAACAAGAUUGCAUAUACUGAUGUAAACAAAAUUGAUACUGUUACUAAUUCACUGCAAACAAUGCCUGCCGCUGUUAAGACGCUAGUUGAGAAGUAUGCUACACUCUAUGACAAUUCAAUUGGGAAAAUAAAAGGAUUAUCUGCCAAGCUGUGCCUGAAGCCGAAUACAAAUCCUGUUUACAUAAAAUCCAGACCUGUUCCGUUUUCGUUGCGAGCAGUUGUCGAGAACGAGCUUGACAAAUUAGUCAACAAUGGUAUCCUUGUGAAAGUCAACCAUAGUGCAUGGGCUACACCCAUAGUUCCAGUGCCGAAGGCCAACAACAAAGUGCGACUUUGUGGGGAUUACAAGGUUACGGUAAACCCGAAUUUGGUGGUAGACGGUCACCCAUUACCGACGAUUGAGGAACUUUUUGCUAAUGUUGCUGGCGGUGAAAAGUUUACGAAGAUCGACUUGACUCAAGCGUACUUACAGCUAGAGGUUGAGGAGGGUGAUAGGGAGGUAUUAACUCUCAAUACACACAAGGGUCUUUACCAGCCUACACGUUUGAUGUAUGGCAUUGCGUCUGCACCUGCUAUUUGGCAAAGACUAAUGGAGCAAGUGCUGAAUGGGAUUCCUGGUGUUACCGUAUUCCUAGACGACAUUCGGAUUACCGGUCCGAAUGAUCAAAUACAUCUGCAAAGGCUCGAAGAGGUUCUGAAGCGUCUUAGUUCGUACAACAUGCGUAUAAACCUAGAAAAAUGUCACUUUUUUGCGAACGAGAUUGAGUACUGCGGGUACCUGAUCAAUAAGACAGGUAUUCAUAAGGUUAAGAGGAAGAUUACAGCGAUCCAGAAUAUGCCAGUUCCAGAAAACAAAGAUCAAAUUCGUUCAUUUGUGGGGUUAGUGAACUACUACGGAAGGUUCUUUCCGAACCUCAGUUCGACUUUAUAUCCCCUUAAUAGUCUACUGAAGAACGAUGUGCGUUUUGUAUGGUCAAAACAAUGUGAAGAGGCGUUCAACAAAGUCAAGCAAGAGAUGCAGUCCAAUUCAUUUCUGGUACACUACGAUCCCACGCUGCCAUUGGUACUUGCUACUGAUGCUUCGCCAUACGGAGUCGGUGCGGUACUGAGUCACGUUUACCCGGAUGGCUCAGAAAGACCGAUCCAGUACGCAUCCCAAACACUCAACGCUACGCAACAAGCCUACAAGCAGGUAGAUCGGGAAGCAUACGGAAUUAUAUUUGGAGUUCGCCGGUUCUACCAGUAUCUGUUUGGAAGAAGAUUUACAUUGCUGACGGAUAACGAGCCGUUGAAGCAGAUUUUUUCGGACACGAAAGGUCUACCGAAAAUGUCUGCUCUGAGGAUGCAACACUACGCAACAUUUUUGGCAUCAUUCAACUACAAGAUACAGUUCAGACCAACGAACCAACACGGCAAUGCGGACGCUUUCUCGCGUUUGCCAUUGAAGGAGAAAACACCAGCGAACGUCAUUGAAGAGACGGAUUACAUGGAGGUCAACAUGAUCGAAACGCUGCCGCUAACCGUGAAUGAGCUCGCUAGGGCUACCGCUGCGGACAAGACUGUGAAGGUGCUGAUGCAAGGCCUACAGAAUGGAAAAAUUGUUGAUCCUAAAGAACGUUUCGGUGUGGAACAACAUGAGUUCACAAUUCAGAAAGGCUGUAUCAUGCGUGGAAUACGAGUUUACGUUCCUCCGAAUUUGCGUGUAAAAGUCUUAGCCGAAUUACAUUCUACACAUUUCGGUACUAGUCGAUUAAAAACACUGGCUCGCGGAUAUGUUUGGUGGGAAAGGAUUGAUUUGCAUAUCGAGGAGAUGGUGCGCAACUGCAGUUACUGUCAAUCGACAAGGGCCGAACCUGCCAAAGUUCCUACGCAUUGCUGGGAGUCACCGUCGAGGCCGUUUGACCGCAUACAUGUGGAUUUUGCAGGGCCGUUUAAGAACACGUACUUUAUCGUGCUUGUGGACGCCUACACGAAAUGGCCUGAGGUGCGCAUUCUUAACAACAUCACCACUACAACCACAAUUCAGGUCUGCAGAGAAUAUUUCGCAACGUACGGAAUCCCUUCGGUUAUGGUGAGUGAUCAUGGAGUGCAAUUUACUUCUGAAGAGUUCCAGAAAUUCUUGAAGAUGAACGGAGUUUAUCACAAAAUGGGGGCGCCAUAUCACCCAUCAACCAACGGGCAAGCCGAACGAUUUGUUCAGACGUUCAAGGCGAAGUUAAAGAGUCUGCAGUGCGACAGAAGUACGAUGCAUGCCGAAUUGUGCAACAUACUCCUUGUUUAUCGAAAGACCAUACACCCUGCCACUGGUAAAUCACCGUCCAUGAUGUUGUAUAACCGACAAAUUCGAUCACGUCUAGAUCUGAUGGUCCCGGAUAAUGUUGCUGAAACAAAGGAAGUUGUCGGCAAAGUGCGUGACCUACUCAACGGAGCAAGAGUUGCAGCGAGAGAUUACCUCGAUAAGGAAAAGUGGAAGUUUGGUGUGGUUUCAGAGAAACUGGGAAAACUUCAUUACUACAUUCGUCUCGACGACGGCAGGACAUGGAAGAGGCACAUUGAUCAGCUCAGAGAAGUUGGUCCAACUCUGCCGAACCGAAGAGAUAUACCAGUUGUUAUCAAGGAUGUACCUGCUGAAACUGUGCAAACAGAUGAUCUUGAUCCAGAAUUGACAGCAACGACCAGUGCGACGCAAAAAGUAGGAGCGACUACUACGAUGGGUCCGAAGGAAUCGCCAUCAGAAUCCGCUGGAGUAACAGAGAAACAAAUCGACAAAGUAACCUCCGGUUCAAGGACUGUCAACACAAGUCAUCCCAACCAGACAGACUAUCGACAAUCGCAAAGAAAAUCGGGUCGAGUAAUCCGACCGCCCAGUAGAUUGAACCUUUAA